AUGUGGAGCCGGCGGCCGCGCUCCCGGCCCGACCCGGCCCAGCCUCGCUCGCCCUCCUCCUCCUCGGCUGCUUCGGCCUCGGGGGACUCGGAGGACGAGGACACCGGAUUCCUGGAGGUCACCGUGUCGGACGCCAAGCACCCCCCGCCCGAGCUGGGCCCCAUGCCCGACGGGCUGAGCCCCCAGCAGGUGGUGCGCCGGCACAUCCUGGGCUCCAUCGUGCAGAGCGAGCGGAGCUACGUGGAUUCCCUGAAGCGCAUCCUGCAGGAUUACCGGAAGCCGCUGCUGGAGAUGGAGCCCAAGGUGCUGAGCGCCCGCAAGUGCCAGCUGGUGUUCUUCCGGCUGAAGGAGAUCCUGCAGUGCCACUCCAUGUUCCAGAUCGCCCUCGCCUCCCGCGUGGCCGAGUGGGACUCGGCCGAGAAGAUCGGGGAUCUCUUCGUGGCCUCGUUCUCCAAGUCCAUGGUGCUGGACGUCUACAGCGACUACGUCAACAACUUCACCACGGCCAUGGCCCUCAUCAAGAAGGCCUGUCUGACCAAGCCCGCCUUCCUCGACUUCCUCAAGAAGCGGCAGAUGGCCAGCGCCGACCGCGUCACGCUCUACGGGCUGAUGGUGAAGCCCAUCCAGAGGUUCCCUCAGUUCAUCCUCCUCCUGCAGGACAUGCUGAAGAACACCCCGCGCGGCCACGCCGACCGGCUGGCGCUGCAGCUGGCGCUCACCGAGCUGGAGACGCUGGCCGAGAAGCUCAACGAGCAGAAGCGCGUGGCCGACCAAGUGGCCGAGAUGCAGCAGCUCAGCAGGAGCAUCGGCGAGCGCAGCAGCCUCAGCAAGCUGCUGAGCUCGGGCCAGCGGCAGCUGCUGCUGUGCGAGACGCUGACCGAGACGGUGUACGGCGACCGCGGGCAGCUCAUCAAGUCCAAGGAGCGCAAGGUGUUCCUGCUCAACGACCUCCUGGUGUGCGCCAACAUCAACUUCAAAGGCCAGCUGGAAAUCAGCAGCCUGGUGCCCCUGGGCCCCAAGUACGUGCUGAAGUGGAGCACGGCCCUGCCGCAGGUGCAGGUGGUGGAGGUGGGGCAGGACAGCGGCGCCUGCGACAAGGACGCGGCGCCCGGGCCCGGCAGCCGCAGGCACGCGCCCGCCGGCCAGCCCGCCCACAAUAAGGUCUACCUGGGCCCUCCGCGGCUCUUCCAGGAGCUGCAGGACCUGCAGAAGGACCUGGCGGUGGUGGAGCAGAUCACGCUGCUCGUCAGCACCUUGCACGGCACCUACCAGAACCUGAACAUGACGGUGGCGCAGGACUGGUGCCUGGCCCUGCAGAGGAUGAUGAAGGUGAAGGAGGAGGAGAUCCACUCGGCCAACAAGUGCCGCCUGCGGCUGCUGCUGCCCGGCAAGCCGGACAAGUCUGGGCGCCCCAUCAGCGUCAUGGUGGUGUUCAUCACCCCCAGCCCCCUGAGCAAGAUCUCCUGGGUGAACCGGCUGCACCUGGCCAAGAUCGGCCUCCGGGAGGAGAACCAGCCGGGCUGGCUCUGUCCCGACGAGGACAAGAGGAGCAAAGCUCCCUUCUGGUGUCCCAUCCUGUCCUGCCACAUUCCCGCCUUUUCCUCCAAAGCCUUGGAUCUGCAGCUCGGAGCCGCCGUCCACAAUCCCGUCCAUUCCUCGCUCCUGGGAUUCUCGGCCGUCAGCACCUCCCUGCCCCAGGGCUUCCUCUGGGUGGGAGGAGGCCAGGAGGGCGCGGGGGGGCAGGUGGAGAUCUUCUCCCUGAACCGCUCCGUGCCCCGCACCGAAUUCCCGGUGCCCGCCCCGGUGCUGUGCAUGGAAUUCAUCCCGGAGCCGCAUCCCGAGGAUCCCGCGGAGCCGGGAAUGGCCCCGGAUCCGGCCCCGACCCCCCCGCACCCCACCGUGUGCCUGGGGCUGCAGGACGGGAGCCUGCUGGUGUACGGCAGCGUGGACUCGGGAACGCCGUGCCUGCUGAGCUGCAAAAUGCCGGGAAUGCUGCCCAUCCUGUGCCUCCGGCACAGCCCCGAGUUCCUGUUCGCGGGGCUGCAGGACGGCAGCGUGGCCGCCUUUCCCAGGAAUAGCGAGGGGUUGCUGUGGGAUCCAGCAUGGGAUUCCCCGCCGCGGCUGCUCCGGGUGGGAUCGGGGCCGGUGCGGGCGCUGCUGGCGCUGGAGGAGUCGCUCUGGGCCAGCUCCGACAACGUCGUCACCGUGCUGGGAACGGCCGAGCUGCAGAGCCAGCAAAGGUUCGAGGCGCACCAGGCGGCGGUGACGCGCAUGGUGCGCGCCGGCAGCGGCGUGUGGAUGGCCUUCGCCGCCGGCUCCUCCAUCCGCCUCUUCCACACCGAGACCCUGGAGCACCUGCAGGAGAUCAACGUGGCCACGCCGCGCACCACGCUGCUGCUGCCCGGGCAGAAGCUCGUGCGCGUCACCAGCCUCCUGCUGUGCCAGGGCUCCCUCUGGGUGGGGACGGAUCUGGGAAUCAUCGUCCUGCUCCCGGUGCCGCGCCUGGAGGGCAUCCCGAAAAUCACCGGGAAGGGCAUGGUGUCCCUGAACGGCCACGCCGGCCCCGUGCAGUUCCUGGCGCUGGCUCUGAGCACUUUGGCCCCCGACGCCCUCCGGGCCGAGCAGGACGAGGACGAGGAGGCCGAGGAGGAGAAAUCCCCGGAUCCGGAGGGGCUCCCGCCCCGGGAAAUGCGAAAAAAGGGGAUUUUGUUACAAUACCGGCUGCGCUCCACGUCCCACCUGCCCGGGCAGCUGCUCUCCGUGCGGGAAGCGCCGGCGGGGAAUGCCGGACACGCCGAGGAGGACGGAUCCAUCUACGAGCUGGCCGACGAUCCCGACGUUUGGGUGCGGAGCCGGCCCUGCUCCCGGGAUUCGCCCCGCAAGGAAAUCUCCUCCGUGGCCAUCGUCUCCGGAGGCCGCGGCUACCGGGAUUUCCGGGCGGAAUCCGUGCGCCGCUCCGGAGCCGCCGACAGCUCCCUGCUCAUCUGGCAGCUCCCGCUGGCGCUGUGACCCCGCCGGAGCUCCCGCCUGGAACUCCUGAAUUUCCUACCUCAGGAAUCCCCAAAUUCCCGGGAGCACUUUGGCCGCUGCGAGGGGAAAAAAAAAAAAAACGGGAAAACCGCGGGGUUUUGCCCCAAAUCCAGCGGUUCUGCUGGCAAAGGAGAGUUGAGAGCAGUGGGAUUUUCCCGGUUCCCUGCGUCGGGAGCGGGCCGGGCCGUGUGUGUGUGUGUGGAUAAUCCCUAGAGCUAGAGAAUCCCUGGAUUAUAAAUAGGCUGUACAUUAUUACCUGUAAAAAGAAGGAAUCUGUAUAUAUUGGGAAUGCUGGGAAGAGCGGGAGCAGCUCCCAAAAAAGCGGCUCCGGCUGCAAUAUCCACUUCAAUUCCCGACUGUGAAUUUGAGGAUCUUCGGUACCGAAACCCCCUGGAUUUGGGAGCCGAGCCCGCUCAGCGUCCCGAGGAAAGGAAAAGAGGGGGAGCGUUGAAAUAAAUCCCGUAGGAAUCGC